AUGGAGCGGAACGCAGAGCAUCACCCCCUGCACCUCGUGCCCCCUCUGUACACAGGGAUCCUAUGGCUGAGCAUUGUGGGUGUCUCCUGGGCUCAGCGGGAGGUGAUUGUCCAGCAGGGGCCCCUGUACCGCACUGUGGGCUCCCACAUCACCAUCUGGUGCCAGGUCAGAGGCUACCAGGGCCCCUCCGAGCAGACCUUCCAAUACUCCAUCUACCUGCCGUCCGCCCCCGACAGGGAGGUCCAGAUCGUCAGCACCAAGGACACCGCCUUCUCCUACGCCAUCUUCAGCCAGCGCGUCCGCAGUGGGGACAUCUACAUAGAGCGGGUGACGGGAGACCACACCCUCCUACACAUCCGCCAGCUGCAGGAACGUGACGCCGGAGAAUACGAAUGUUACACCCCCAACACUGACCCCAGCUUCUACGGCAGCUACAGCGCCAAAGUCAACCUGAGCGUCCUUCCAGACACUCUAGAGGUCGCCAUGCCUGGCCAGGAGCUGGAGAAGUCGUCGGGGGCGUCUCUGGAGGUGACCUGUCGGGUGUCUGGCAGCUCCUCUCAGCACACACAUCUCGCUGUCUCCUGGUUUUUGACGACUGAAAAAGACGUUGACAUCUUGUCCUUGUCCCGAGACUUUGUUCUAGUCCCUGGAGAAUCCUUCUCGGAGAGGUUCAUCUCUGGAGACGUCCGCAUGGACAAACUAAGUGACUCCCUCUAUAGACUGUCCAUCCGGGACCUGCGCUCAUCCGAUCAGGGGGAUCUCUUCUGUCAGGGGUCGGAAUGGAUCCAGGAUCCGGAUGGGAAGUGGACGAAGAUCACAGAGAAGAAGUCACAGAAGACGACGCUCAAGAUCUCUGCAUCGAGGGGUGGAGACUUCCAGGUAGAAGUGGAGAUCUCGGGCCCCAGUAUCAGGCUCAGGAGCCCCCUGGAGAUCACCUGCUCCGUCUCGGCACAGGGUCUCGUUGGGGGCCGCUUCCAUGUCACCUGGCUGCUUAAUGGGGCCAUGAUGGCGACCUGGGACUCAUCUGGCAUCAGCAGCUUUGGGACAAACUCCACCCCCCGGGGGGCAAAGAGGCAAAUGUCUGUGAUGAGGCAAAACCAGGAGACCUGGACCCUACGGAUCGGCCAGACCAGUCAGCAAGAUGGCGGCUCCUACCUGUGCGAUGUUAUGGAGGAGGGGACACGAAGACGCAGACAAUCCCCCCCAGUGUCUGUCACCAUAGAAACGCCAGAAUCCCCCACCCCAAGUGUUGCGCUCCACAGUAAUGUUUCGGUGAUCUAUGAAGGGGAUUCGGUGACGCUGUUCUGUCAGGUUUCUAGGGUCUCGGAGUCUGUGGAUGUCACUUGGCUCCUCAUGGGGCCCCGGGGUCAGUGGGUGGAGGUCGCUUCCCUGAGACGUAAUGGAGCGGUGGAGGCAGUGGGUGAAUAUAUCCAGAGACAUGUGACUGGUCACCUGACGGCGCAGAGACUCAGUAAUGGACUCCAUUCUUUGACAUUAGACAACAUGGCGGAAGGAGACGGUGGACAGUACAGCUGCCGCCUCACAGAGUUCAUGAUGCGACCGGAUGACGAGUGGAGAAACGCGACCUACGACAGCAACCGGAUCCAGACUGAUGUGCGGCCCCUCGGUUCGGAGCUGAAGGUGGUCCUCAGGUCCCGGGACCAGCGGGUGAGGUCGGGGGCCCCCGUCGGUCUCUUCUGUAGGGUCUCUGCGGGGUACGGACUCCAGGAUAAGCUGAUCACCUGGUUCUGGGACUUCCAGCCGACUUCUGGAUCAGUCCGGACCCUGGUGAAUGUCUCCGGAGAUGGCGGACCGUUCUGGGACGACUCCACCCGCGGCUUCCAAGGAGAGGCCCAGAUCUCCAUAGUGGGGCAGACAAACACCCUGAAGAUCUACCGUGUCCAGCGCCAGCAUCAGGGGGCGUACAGCUGCAGGGUCACCGUCCGAAAGAGAGGCGUCCCCGCACCUCCCGCCUCGGCCUCCUCCAUUACUAUGAAUGUAAACGUCCAAUUACCAGAUAAAAUACUGAAAGUCGCCCAAGAGAAUGUGAGCGGUGCGGCUGGUGUGGGGGGUGACGUGGUGCUGCGCUGCCCCCUGGAGGAGGUUGGGAGCUCUGCAGCCAUCUACUCUGUGUCCUGGUACCAUCAGGUGGCGCCGCUCUCCCACCACAACCUCCUGUACAGAGUCAGCAGGGAGGGGGUGACUGAGUAUAAGGAGGGUCUGGCAGAACGCCUGCAAGUGGUGGUGGCUGCGAGGGGGAAUUACAGCUUAAUCCUGCGCAGUGUGGGCCCAGAGGAUGCUGGGAGAUAUCACUGCCAAGUGGAGGAGUGGAGGCUGCAAGAGGACGGCUGGAGGCUGGAGGCCCUCAAUACCUCAGGAUACCUGACGCUCACGGUCAGCGCGCCAGAGGAUCGGCUGAGUGUGAACCGCACUGCAUUAACCCUUGUGGCUCCAGAAGGUUCCAGCCUGGCCUUGUUGUGUCAUGUUCUGUCCACAUCCGUCUCCGGAUCCAUCUUCUCCGUCUCCUGGUGGAAGGUUCUGGUCCCCGGGCACCAGCUGCUCUUUAAUGCCAGUCACCUGGGUCAGAUGGUGUACCCCCGGGAGGAGGGCCUCCGCCUCCAGUACCAGCGGACAUCACAGCAGACGUUCCAGCUGAGGAUCCUGCGCACAAACCAGGGAGACGCUGGAAUCUACUACUGCAGGAUCCAGGAAUGGGGGCGAGCGCCCCGCGGGGGAUGGUACCAGAUAGGACAACAACGGGGAGGAAACGUGUCUGUGAGCAUCCGGGCCCCAGGUGUCAGCCCUCCCAUCUGCCUACCCCCAUCGCUCUUCUACUUCCUGCUCCUCGUCUUCGUUCUCUUCCUCUUGCUCCUCGUGGGUCUUGGGUGGAAACUUCUGACAAGAUGGAGGAACAAGAUGAACACAGACCAGAGGGGGGAGGGGCCUAAGACUGAAGAGGCGGAGCCGAUCCAGAUGCAACCUAUGAAGGAGCUUAGUCACUGACUAAUAGCGAAGCUGCAGAAUGUUCCAGUAGUCAGUGUCACAGUCAGUGGGCGGCGGCGUUCACACUACAGAUGGUGGAUGACGGUAAUGGCCCCUCGGAGAAGCAGUUGGCUCUCGUGUCCUGGCGCCGCUUAUCUUGGUGGAGAACCGCACUGCACGUGAAGGGGGAGGGGCGAUUACCAAAACCUUCCACAUCCCCAGAGACAUGGACCGGCAGAGGACAGGGGCAAAGAUUCUCCCCCAAAUGGAAAGGACCGCAGGGGCGGUACAAGCCCUUCUGUCCAGGGAUUGGAUGCACUGGCCCCGCCUCUUCUUUUGUUGACGCCCCCGCUGUACUCCACAACCUGUAAACUAA